UGCGAUAGAAGCAGAGUAUAAAUAAACUUCCUUAAAAACUGGAAAGAAGAAAACGUCUUUCCUUGACAUCGUAGGAGGAAGAAAACACAGACGUUGGGCAUUUUCUGCACUGAAAUACAUGGUUUCCCCCUCAUUUAUGUAGAAGAGAUUUGCAAGACAAUCUGGAUAUCAGAAUGGCAGCACAACUAAACCUGCCAGAAAAUACAGAUGUCUGGACAAAAGAGGAUGUAAACCAGUGGUUAGAAAGUCAUGAAAUUGACCAAAAACACAGGGCAAUAUUGACUGCACAAGAUGUGAGUGGAGCAGUCUUGAAGUGGUUAACUAAAAAUGCCCUCAUUGAUAUGGGAAUAACACAUGGACCAGCUAUCCGAAUAGAAUGUCUAUUCAAAGAAUUGCUGAAAACAUCCUCUGAAGAUCCUAUUCAGACAUAUAAGAGGAAAAAAGACAAUAAAAAUGUUCCUAAUACACAAGCUAUAAAAGAGGAACAUGAAACUUCAAAGCAAAAACAAAAUGAUAAAAAGAAAUCAGAUAUGGCUAAUGCCUCUACAGUUACUACAGUUUCUAAGUCACUAAAAACUGAGUGUGUGUUAGAUGAAACAUAUGACACAAAGGAAAAGCAGCCAUCCACAGACCUGACAUGUGUAUCAUACCCUUUUGAUGAAUUCAGUGAUCCAUAUCGUUAUAAAUUGGAUUUUUGUCUACAGCCUGAAACAGGACCACUCAAUCUCAUUGAUCCAAUACAUGAAUUCAAAGAACUCACAAAAACAAAAACAGCCACAGAAAAGGAUGUUAAAAUGAAAUUUAGCAAUGAAGUCUUCAGAUUUGCUUCAGCUUGUAUGAAUUCACGGACCAAUGGCACUAUUCACUUUGGAGUCAAAGACAAACCCCAUGGAAAAAUCGUUGGUGUGACUACCAAUGUCACCAAGGAAGCUCUCAUUGAUCACUUCAAUCAGAUGAUCUGCCAGUACUUUGAAGACCAUCAGGCCCAAAUAGCAAAGAAGUGCAUUCGAGAGCCAAGAUUUGUAGAAGUUUUAUUGCCAAACAGUAUUCCAUCUGACAAAUUUGUUAUUGAAGUGGAUGUCAUUCCAAAAUACUCUGAAUGUGGACAUGAUUAUUUCCAGAUUAAAAGGCAAAAUUGCAACAACAAAAUAUGGGAACAAAGUACAAAAUUCUCAGUCUUUGUGAGAGAUGGGACCAGCACUAAAAACAUCAUAAAUUCAAAUGCAGUCUUCAAAGAGUUUAAAUUAGGUUUAAAAACACUGGCAGAGUCUAGAAAAGAAGCAGAAGAAAAAUGCAGGGUAAAAACAAAUAAAAAAGAGAGUGAGGGACAAAAGCUUAGUCAGCUGUUGACAGGAAAUCAGGAUUCGUUAGAUAAUUCAUACUAUGAAUGGUACAUUCUUGUAACAAAUAAAAGCCAUCCUAAUCAAAUAAAACAUUUAGAUUUCCUAAAGGAAAUUAAAUGGUUUGCUGUGUUGGAGUUUGAUCCUGAGUCUGUAAGCAAGGGGAUAGUGAAUGCUUACAAAGAAAGCCGAGUAGUAAACCUUCACUUGCCAAGUCUGUAUGUAGAUGGGAAAACCACACUAAACGAUAUGAUUUCUAGUCUGAAUCUUUAUCAACAACCCAGCUGGAUUUUCUGCAAUGGCAGGUUAGACCUUAACAGCGAAAAAUAUAAACCCUUAGAUCCAAGUUCCUGGCAAAGAGAAAAAGCAUCUGAAGUAAGAAAAUUGAUAUCAUUUCUUACACGUGAAGACAUAAUGCCAAGCGGGAAGUUUUUGGUGGUAUUUCUAUUAUUCUCCUCUGUGGAUGACCCAAGAGAUCCCCUCAUUGAGACCUUCUGUGCUUUCUACCAAGAUCUCAAAGGAAUGGAAAAUAUAUUAUGUAUUUGUGUACACUCACACAUAUGUCAGAGAUGGAAAGAUCUACUUGAAGAAAGACUAAAAACACAAGAUGAAUUAUCAAGACAAUGUAUUUCUUCUUUAAGUCUUGAAGAGAUAAAUGGUACUAUUCUUAAAUUAAAAUCUGUGACUAAAUCUUUAAAGAGAUUUUUGCCAUCUAUUGGUUCAUCUACUGUCCUUCUGAAAAAGGAAGAAGACAUCAUGACUGUUCUGGAAAUUCUCUGUGAAAAUGAAUGUGAAGGGACACUCUUAGAAAAGGACAAAAAUAAAUUUCUUGAAUUCAAGGCUUCAAAAGAGGAAGACUUCUAUCGAGGUGGUAAAGUAUCCUGGUGGAACUUCUACUUCUCUUCUGAAAACUAUUCUUCACCUUUUGUCAAAAGGGAUAAAUAUGAAAAACUUGAAAAGAUUAUUCAAAACUGUGCAGAUUCUUCUAAGCAAACAUGUGUUGAAAUUAUUCAUCUGUAUCAUCACCCAGGCUGUGGUGGGACUACUUUGGCUAUGCAUAUUCUCUGGGAACUAAGGAAGAAAUUCAGAUGUGCUGUGUUGAAAAACAAGACAGUGGAUUUUUCUGAAAUUGGAAAACAAGUGACUAAUUUAAUCACCCAUGGGACAGCAAACCAUCAGGAAUACAUACCUGUGCUGCUUCUUAUUGAUGAUUUUGAAGAACAAGGUGAUAUCUAUCUUCUGCGAUCCUCUAUUCAAACAGCUAUAACUAGUAAGUACAUUCGCUAUGAGAAACCUCUAGUGAUCAUCCUAAAUUGUAUAAGAUCACAGAAUCCUGAAAAAUGUGCAAAGAUCUCAGACAGUAUUGCGCUAAUACAACAGCUAUCUGCCAAAGAACAGAGAGCUUUUGAGCUUAAAUUGAAAGAAAUUGAAGAGCAACAUGAAAACUUCAAAGAUUUUUAUUCCUUCAUGAUCAUGAAAACCAAUUUUAAUAAGAAGUACAUAGAAAAUGUGGUCAGGAAUAUCCUGAAAGGACAAAAUAUUUCCACCAAGGAAGCAAAGCUCUUUUCUUUUCUGGCUCUUCUUAAUUCAUAUGUGCCUGAUACCACCAUUUCACUUUCACAAUGCGAAAAGUUCUUAGGAAUAAAAGACAAGAAGGCUUUCUGGGGAACAGAAAAAUUUGAAGACAAGAUGGGCACCUACUCUAUAAUUUUGAUUAAAACAGAAGUGAUGGAAUGUGGAAACUACAGUGGAGUGCGCAUUAUUCACCCUUUAAUUGCCAUUCGCUCACUGGAAGAAUUGAAGAUAAGCUAUCAUUUGGAUAAAAGUCAAAUUAUUCUGGAUAUGCUAAAAGAAAAUUUGUUCUAUGAUACUAGUAUGGGAAGAAGCAAAUUUCUCCAAGAUAUGCAAACACUGCUGCUCACAAGACAGCGCAAUGAACAUGAAGGUGAAACAGGAACUUGGUUUUCCCCUUUCAUUGAAGCAUUACAUGAAGAUGAAGGGAACUCAGCAGUUGAAAAAGUAUUGCUGGAAGGUAUUCAUCGGUUUAACCCAAAUGCAUUCAUUUGCCAAGCCUUGGCAAGACAUUUCUACAUUAAAGAAAGGAACUUUAACAGUGCCCUUACUUGGGCAAAUCAAGCAAAAAAGAUAGAACCUGGCAAUUCUUAUAUCUCUGAUACACUAGGUCAAGUGUACAAAAGUAAAAUAAGAUGGUGGACAGAGAAUAAUGAAAGAAACAGGAAUAUUUCGGUUGCUGACCUAACCGAUCUUUUGGAGUUAGCAGUACAUGCCUCAAAUGCAUUCAAAGAAUCUCAACAGCAAAGUGAAGAUAAAGAGGGUGAGGCAACAGAAAAGUUUUGUCAGAAGUCAAAGAGGCGAUAUGAUACUUACAAUAUUGCUGGUUAUCAUGGGGAGAUAGAAGUUGGGCUCUACACAAUCCAUAUUCUCCAGCUCAUCCCUUUUUUUGACAAUAAAAAUGAACUAUCGAAAAGAGAGAUGAUCAAUUUUAUAUCAGGAAGUAGUGAUAUUCCUGGGGACCCAGACAAUGAAUUUAAGUUAGUCCUCAAGAACUUUAUUCCUUAUCUAACUAAUUUGCGAUAUUCUUUGAAAAAGUGCUUUGAUUUUUUUGAUGAUUAUUUUCUCCUUCUAAAACCCAGGAACAGCACUAAGCAAAAUGAACAGUCCAAAACUCGGAGAAAGGUGGCUGUAUAUUUUAAGAAGUAUGUAGAUAUAUUUGGUCCCUCGGAGGACUCACAAAACAAAAAUCUCGGAUUAAAGUUUAGUUUGCCACUUCAAGUAGAACUGUAUUGGAAAAGCCUAGAAGUUUUAAAAGCAGACAAGUUUUCUGGCCUCUUGGAAUAUCUAACCAAAAAUCAAGAAGAGGCUAUUAACACCAUGGAAGAUAUAGUGAAAAAAUACACUUUUCUCUUUGAACAGUGCACUGUCAGAAUCCAGCCAAAGGAAAAGCAAAAUUUCAUCUUGGCCAAUAUCAUUCUCUACUGUAUCAAACCUAAGUCCAAAAUUGUGAUGCCAAUUAAAAAACUGAAAGGUCAGCUUCGAGAAGUCUUACAACAAGUAGGACUGCAUUAUCGAUUUUCAGAACCUUAUUUCCUAGCUUCCCUUUUAUUCUGGCCAGAAAAUCAACAACUAGAUCAAGAUUCUAAACAAAUGGAAAAGUAUACUUGGUCACUGGAAAAGUCUUUCAGGGGACAAUAUAAACAUAUGUGUCGUACAAAGCAACCAAUUGCAUAUUUCUUUCUUGGGAAAGGUAACAAUAUGAACAGACUUGUCCACAAAGGGAAAAUUGAUCAAUGCUUUGGAAAGACACCUGACAUUAAUUUCUUGUGGCAGAGUGGAGAAGUGUGGAAGGAGAAAAAAGUCCAAGAACUUUUGCUUCGUUUAAAGGGACGAGUCGAACAUAAUUGUUUAUAUAUAGAAUAUGGAACCAGUGAAAAAAUCACAAUAUCCAUCACACCUACUUUCUGGGGUCAACUAAGAAGUGGUAGAAGCAUAGAUACAGUGUCUUUUUACCUGGGAUUUUCCAUUGGAGGCCCACUUGCUUAUGACAUCGAGAUUAUUUAAGAGUCUGAUCUUCUCCCCCCAGGAAUGUGGUCUCAAUAUCACUUUUUUUUUUUAGACCCAAGACCUUUAUUUUAAAUUUCCCUUAAGUAUGAGUCCUACAAAAACUGUGGUGAAAAAGAAAUGUGGAAAGUAUCAAAUAUCUUACUUGGUUUGGAUAACAGCAUCAACAACAAGAUAAGAAGAAGCUAUGGAUAGAAUUAGGAAAAAUGAAUGUAAUAAGUCAGUCACAC